AUGCUCUCUCGUGUAGCAAUAGGCAUAACUCUGUCUGUCCUCACUUUAAUAACUGUGUGUGGAAAUGUGCUGGUGUGUCUGGCCGUCUUUGUAACCCGACGUCUGCGCAGUGUCACCAACUGCUUUGUUGUGUCACUAGCCAUUACUGACCUUUUACUGGGCAUUCUCGUCCUCCCAUUUUCAGCCCUCGUUCAGGUCAUGGAUGACUGGCCAUUGGGAGCUCACUUCUGCAAUGUCUAUAUCUCACUGGACGUCAUGCUAAGCACUGCUUCCAUUCUCAACCUCCUGGCCAUUAGUAUCGAUCGCUACUUUGCAGUCACUGCACCUCUGCGCUACCCAACAAUGGUGUUACGAUGGCAUGUUGCUGUGUCCCUUGCUGCAAUUUGGCUGGUGUCUAUAGGUGUGUCGUUUGUUCCAAUUCACCUGGGCUGGAAUACAGUGGACCAGACGGUGCAGAAUCAUGGAGACGAUGACCCAACAACGGACUGUCGCUUUGAAGUAAAUCCCACCUAUGUGCUGGUUGAUGCUUUCGCUACGUUUUAUUUGCCUCUGGUGGCUAUGUGCUGGACUUACUACCGAGUCUUUCGCAUUGCUCGUGCCCAGGCAAAGCGCAUUCUUUCAAGAUACCGUGCUUCUUCUCCAAGUGCUACGUCAUCUCUACCAGGAGUUACGGCAUUAGCACUACGGGAGCACAAAGCCACAGUGAGACUAGCAGUGGUUUUGGGUGCUUUUGUGGUUUGCUGGUUUCCCUAUUUCACAUUUUUCACUGUCAUGGGGAUACGAAAGGUGACAGAUUUUCCAAAAACACUAUACUCUGUGGUGUUAUGGCUAGGCUAUGCUAACUCUGCGCUAAACCCAAUGCUGUACGCUGCACUUAACAGGGACUUCAGAACUGCCUAUGCUAGGCUGUUGUGUGGAUGGAGGGGGGUUAAAACACCAACUGGGACACCUCCUGCAGCCUUGGAGGUGGGACUGUUGAAUGGACACACCCCUGCCAGAACCAAUCCUGAGCUUUUGCCUGGACCAUAUGUGAUGCUACAGGACAUGAGUAAAGGGAGGAAGGAAAGAAACAAUGGGACAUCUAGCAUCACUGUCACUGUCUUUCCCAAUGGCCACAACAGACCCAGCAGGAUUCCAGAAAGGACAAAGCUCUUAUUAAACAUGAAAAAUUAAGUAAAUUAUACAGUACUUUACAUGCCUCAAAUGUAAUCCGCUUCACCUACAGAUGUCACCAUUCGUAUUUACGCAGUUAAAUGGUAUUUUAAAGGUCUGUCG